AUGCCACCAACCGUCCGUGUGGAUCCGCAGCGGCGCGCAUCCCAACGCGCGGAGGUGCACUUGAACACGAAGCGCCUGGCCGGGGCGCUGCUCCCAAAAUACACACUAGUCCGAUCCAAAGAUAGAUGCAGGGUGGCAAAGGCGUGGUCGUGCAGGGCUACCGUCCGUCCACCACAUGUCGCGGCUUCACGCGCGCUUCAUCUGCUGCACGCCGCCGAAACAUUUCUGCUGCUGCUUCACAUCUCAACACGUGCAUCGGCGCUUCUCCUUCCUCGCAACAAAUCCAUGAAGAAACUGAAACGGCAGUCCGACUCCAUCAUAGUCCACUUUGGCUUGCACAAGUUGCAGCUGAUCCACCAAGCCAAGAAAGUCUGUCCAGAUGUAGUCAUCGUCCUCGGCGAGGAUCUUACUCGUUUCCGGAAUGCUUCCAAACAAUUAUACACGUUUUUGCGAUCCUUUUCCUGGAACUCGCGUGUAGAGCGACUAGGUUUUGAUGAGGUCUUCCUGGACGUGACCGACAUAAUCGAUUACAACAUCAGCAUCCUCAACCACAACGAUCUGACAAACGCCUUCUUCUGUCUCGCAAAGGAAGAUCCCACAAGGGGCUUUCCUUACGAUGCGACAGGGCUUACGGGCCAUUUGUAUCCCAAAGCGGCGAAUUAUGACUUAGGAACCCCACCGAACCUGCUGCAUCUUCGAUUGGCGCUGGGAAGUCGUUUUGCACAUUAUCUUCGUGCCAAACUCCACCAAGACACGGGCUAUACAGCUACUGUUGGCAUUUCUACCAACAAGCUUCUAGCUAAGCUUGUAGGCAAUACACACAAGCCUGAUGCUCAAACCACACUCCUCCCGUCGUAUACCGAGGACGGGAAUGCGGGUGUGGAUGUCGAUAACGUGACCAACUUCAUUGAUGACCACGAAGUCGGCAAAAUCCCCGGCAUCGGCUUCAAAUUAGCACAGAAACUGCGUGCUCACGUCUUACAACGACCUGCAGACUUUGAUGCCGGACUUGUUUAUGGUGGCACCAAAGAAUCUGUUCUUGUCCGUGAUGUAAGAACGUUUCCUGGUAUGGGUCCCGAGUCACUUGAACGGUUACUUGGCGGUCCAGGUGUUCCACAUGGUACCGGCUCACGCAUUUGGGGUCUACUAAAUGGAUGUGAUGAUAAGCAAGUUGGGCAGGCGAGAGAGGUACCUCGCCAGAUUAGUAUUGAGGAUAGUUAUAUGCGUUUGGAUACUCUGGAGCAGGUGACUAAGGAGCUGAGGAUGCUUGCAAGGAGAUUACUCGAGAGGAUGCAUACGGAUUUACUGGAAGAAGACGAUGAUGCAGAAGAUCAAAAUACAGGCUCAUACACCUCGAGACCGAUGAAGCGGUGGCUAGCCCAUCCUAAGACCCUCCGCUUGUCAACUCGGCCACGCCCACCCCAGAAUCCAGAUGGAAGCCGCAACCGGUCUUUUGCUCGGAUAUCAAAGUCUGCGCCCAUGCCCACAUUUGUCUUCAACCUCAACGCAGCUACAACCACCAACGCCAUCGUUGACAAGCUACUUACCGAGGCAUUGCUGCCUUUGUUCCGCAAACUCCACCCAGAGAAACGAGGGUGGAACUUGAGCCUCGUCAACGUUGCUGCGACCAACAUGGCAGAUGCGGCGAGCGAGAGAGGCGGCAUCGGACGGGACAUAAGCAAAAUGUUCAAGCGCCAGGAUGAGGUGCUUAAGCAAUGGAGAGUGGUGGAAGAACCAGAUCGAUUUGAAGAAGAGCGUCUGAAGAUAGAGGAGCCCAAGCAAACUUCAGCUGAACAAGAAGAACCAGUAAUGGAAGGGUGCGCCUCGUCUGAGCGAGGGGAUGAAAUGAUAGACGAGUGCGAUGGGAGUAGUAGGAAAGAAGGCGGGAUCGCUGAGGAGCCUGGAGUCCACAACCAGGAAGAAAAAUAUGAUGAUGAACAUGAAUGGCUGGAGGAAGAGGAACUUGCUCAUCGUGACCCACGCUCUUUCCUGAUGCAGUUGGAAAAGCAGCUUCAGGGAGAAGAUUCGGAUCAAGGCGAGCAACAGAUCUUGUUGAUGCAAUCACCUUCUUCGACUCCAUCUUCAGCUCGAGAAGAAGAAGAGGAAGAGGAGGAAGAACACUUGUCCCAAGAGCCAUGGCUAGCAGAAGACAACGCCGUCCCACAAAGACAUGGCUCCGAGGACUUCCCCACAGCGUCACAAGACGUGGAAGCUACUGUCAGUGACGUCUGGGAGGCAGAAGACGACGAUGAUAUGAUGGAUGCGGAGGAUGCGUUUCGGUGCGAAGAAUGUGGAGCAGUCAUGCCAAUUUUUGCGUUGGGUGCACACUAUCGGUGGCAUGAGCACAUGUAG